AUUCAUAUUAGUUUGAAAUGACGUGGACGGACCUCGCCUCCCAAAAUCUUCUCUUUCCUUAAACCCUAGCAAUCAAAUUAAUACUUCACUUCACCACAACAAAAACCCACAAAUGAUCUGCCCCAAAACCCUCCGUUUGCAUCAAAUUCGCACACUCUUAAACCCUAAUUUACACAGUGAAACCCACUUGAUUCCUUUCAUCAAUACCAAAUCAUCGUCACCCAGUUCUAUUUUUAGCCGGAGCGUAUCGCUUUCUUCUCAAUUCCAACACAAAUUCGCUACGCAAGAAGCGAAUGGGAAGUCAAAGAAACCGUUGGAAAUCCUUUUCGCAGAAGAAGUUGGGUUAUCUAAAGCAGACAUUGAAAACAGUGAAGAUGAAAAGGGAAAGCUCAAGAAAAGUUUGAGAAAAUUGGAGGUGGAAUUGGGAAGAUAUAAAAAAGAUUCAACGAAAGAAACAAAGUCUUUAUCAAGUAUAUUUUCGAAGCCACUAGACACCCUUUUCACAGAAGCAGUCGGAUUAUCAAAAACGGGUGAAGAAGGCCACAUUGAUGAUCAAGAAUCAAAAAAGGGUGUGCAGAUAUUGUCGAGUUUGUUUAUGAGUACUGAUCAAAGAGGGAAAUCAAAAACAGAGACAAAGAAAGUAGAGGAAUCAAUGGAAUUGAAGAAGCUAUCGCCAGAUAUGGCUAUGUUCGCUAAUUUUUUGCAUUCAAAAGGGUACUUGUCGAAUGCAAAUUUUCUCCUAAACAACAAAUUCGAUGUUUCUUGUUUUGAGAACAAUUAUGGCCGAGAUUUCUUGAAGUUUGCAGCUGAAAAGUUUGCCAAAGAUCAUCGAGACAUCUACAGGUGGUUGUCAAAUGGUGAUUUGAAAAAGGUUGCUCAAUUCGGAUGCCCUUCCCUUGGUAGAAAGAAUGUUUUUUCCUCCAAAGCCAUGCGCCAUUCUUUUGGGAUUCAAGAAGAAGAAACCGUAUGUAGCAAAUGCGCGUUAAAAGAUUCGUGCAAAUUUGUUAACCAAAGCGUAUGGAAAAAGGGAGCGAAAAAUGUUGACUUGACUGUGGUGAUGAGGGUUAUUACUUUGUAUGCUCUUGAAGCCGUACCUAAUGAAUUAGAAGUGCCUGAUGAUAUCAAGAAUACAGUUAAUCGGUUGUUGAAAGAAGUCAUUCGUUUAUGUGAAAUUGAAUCUUGA